AACUAUUUUUGAUCAUGACAGUCUGUGGUGUCAGUUCAUCAUUUGUCAAACAAAAUUUGAAGAGGUUGUGUUUGUAAACCAAAACAAAUCAAAUUCUUUAUUAAACUUCACUCAAAUAUUUAAUACAAUAUAACAAAACCGCCAGCCAAAUGGCAGGCCUUUUACUUAGCCCUACGGAAAAAGUAUUUAUUGUUCACGGCGUACAGGAGGAUUAUCGCUCUGAUGGAAGGUCAAAUAUUGAUUACCGGCCGAUGGAACUGGAGACAGAUGUAGUGAGCCAUGCUAGUGGAUCAGCCCGGCUUCGUCUCGCUAACACAGACAUCCUCGUCGGUGUCAAAACUGAAAUAGACAUACCAACACCCGAAAAUCCAGAUUUAGGCAAAAUUGAAUUCUUUGUUGAUUGCUCAGCCAAUGCAACCCCCGAGUUUGAAGGAAGAGGAGGUGAACAGCUGGCUAUCGGCAUCUCCAACCUCAUGCAGAGAGCAUACCACUCAUCACAGGCCUUCAACUUGAAACAGCUAUGUAUAGUUGAGAGCAAACAGUGCUGGAAGCUUUAUGUUGAUAUAUUGAUAUUGGAAUGUGGAGGUAAUCUCUGUGAUGCAGUGUCAUUGGCUGUCAAAGCUGCCCUAUUCAAUACAAGGAUACCAUUUGUAAAGGCAGCACUCAUGGAUGGAGGCAAUGUAGACUUACAGUUGUCUGACGACCCUUAUGAUAGCAAGCUCUUGGAUGUGGGCUCUGCUCCAUUACUGGUAACAUUAUGUAAAAUUGGUGACAAAUGCGUAGUAGACCCGUCAGCUGAAGAAGAGAGCUGCAGUGUGAUAUCUGUGAUAGUAGGCAUCACGGGUAAUUCUAGCUGCUAUUGCGAAGACAACUCCUCACCAGAGACAGGUGGCAAGUUCACCACAAUAGACAUGAAUGGACCAGGAAGUGUUGCUCCAAAAACUUUGAAAGAUGCUAUCAAUCAAGGAAUAGUUGCAGCGAAACUACUUGACAAAUCAUUAGGUGAAGCCUUACUACGAGAGAGACAAGAAAGUGUUAAACUAAAGAAAUAUUCAUAUGGAUUCCUAAAAUAAAAUAUGUACUCAA